AAAGGGAGGGACAGAGGAAAAGAAUAGAGGGGAAGAGUCUCUUAUUCCUAGGAACGAGUGUAGUGACAGUUCUGGUGGAAGGGGCUUUGGAGCUGGUGCCUUGUGGGAGAGGAGACAAUGGUGGACGUCUCUGCAUGCUUUCAAGGGCUGUGAGGAGAGGAGGAGGGCUGGAUAUUGAAGCACAGGGAUCACUGGAGAGCUGCACUGCGCAAAGAUGGGAGCUGAAAUGACAAUGGAGUUUUUUAAGCAGCUUGGUUCUUAGAAGAGGGGGAUUCUUGGAGUUUGGAAACUAACAGGGAUAAGGAUUGUGGCAUGUAAAUCUCAGUUUGGAACAAGAGGAAGGCAGAUGUGACUACAGGCCGAGCCCAUGGCAUCCCCGCAGUCCCUUACCCCACAUCCUACAGAGUCUAUGCCCACUGGAGUGGCUCAGACACCCCAGCAGGAGGAGGAAGAGGAUGAUGAAGACGAGGAGAUGGGAGAGAAGUUUCAGUUUGAUGAUAGUGAAGAAGAAGAACACAAUGCUGCUGGAAACUCUGGUGGAAAUAAAACGUUAGGAGUUCCCCCUGCUGAAGCCCAGCCUUCUCAGGGUCCCAGUGGCAUUAUCAUGGCCUCGAAUGCACUUUACAGUCAAGCUAUGAAGCGUGUCUCAUCCGGUCUUUAUCAGGAAAUAAAUGGAGGGACCUCUGCUGGUCAGGAGUACCAAACUAUUCCUCCACAUUUAACAAGCCCAGAUUUGGUUGCAAGACAGUCUCCUGAUGGGAGUUCUGUUUCUGCUGAACCUCGAGCCACAGAGGAGACCAAGAGCACAUGGAAGAGAAACACCAUUUAUGAAGGUUUCUAUGCAGGAUCUGAGAGCUACUAUACGCCUGUCAUUAAGAAGGAUGUUCUCAUGUUUGCUCAGUCAGCUCAAGUACCAGCUCGCUCUCAGGAAUGGUUCAGUGUGGUGUCAGAACUCACACUGCGGCUGCAUAAAGGAAAACCUGCAAUAGGAACAGAGGGAAAUGUGGCCUCAUCCACACCAGAGAUGAACCUCGCCCCAGCCCCUCGCUCUGAGGUGAUCUAUGAUGACGUCCCCUGUGAGAAUAUCCCCUCUCCUGAUGCAGGCAAUGAUACGAUCUAUGAGGAUGUUCAGAGGCAUGAUGAGUCAGCAGGGAUGUUGGAUAAUGGCUGGAGCUCCAGUGAGUUCGAAAGCUAUGACGAGCAGUCGGACACCGAGAUCAAGCAGCCGGCCCGCAGCAAGAUUUCUCCGGACGUACGGCGCCUAAAGGAGCGUUGUGUCCGGACCAAGCGUGAGCUGGCCAUGCGGUUAGUGGCUCCAGACGUCAGCCAGAUCAAACAGUCCUAUGACAUCAAGGUUCAACAGCUCAUGAAAGCUGCCCGGAACGGCACUAAGGAUGGCCUGGAGAAGACGAAAAUAGCCAUGAUGCGCAAAGUCUCCUUCCUGAAUAAAAAAGAGAUCAUAGAUGACACAGAAGAUGAUUCUGGUUACCUGGAUGUGACUGUUUCUGAAGUGAAGCAUCCACCACCACAGCUGUGUCCCAUGCCAGAGGGCCUCAAUAGCCAACAGAUCGUAAGGCGUCAUAUUCUUGGCUCUAUUGUCCAGAGUGAGAUAAGCUACUUGGACUCCCUCAAAAGGAUCCUGCAAGAUUACCAGAAGCCGUUACUGGAGGCAGAGCCACGUAUACUCAGCUCUAAGAAAAUCCAGCCCAUUUUCUAUCGGCUCAAAGAGAUCCUGCAGUGCCAUGCCAUGUUCCAGAUUGCUCUGGCCUCCCGCGUGGCAGAGUGGGACUGUACAGAGACCAUCGGCGACCUCUUUGUAGCCUCAUUCUCAAAAUCAAUGGUGCUGGAUGUGUACAGUGAUUAUGUCAACAACUUUACCAAUGCGAUGGCUCUUAUCAAGAAGGCCUGUAUGUCUAAGCCAGCAUUCCUGGAGUUUCUCAAGAAGAAGCAGGCUGCCAGCACCGACAGAAUCACCCUUUAUGGGCUUAUGGUGAAACCAAUCCAGCGCUUUCCACAGUUUAUUCUCCUACUGCAGGACAUGCUGAAGAACACCCCGGCCGGGCACAGUGACAGGCUGCCGCUGCAGCUGGCUCUGACCGAGCUGGAGACGUUGGCGGAGAAGCUGAACGAGCAGAAGCGCUUGGCUGAGCAGCUCUCUGAGAUCCAGCAGCUCGCACGCAGCAACAGCGACCGGGCCCUAAGCAAGCAACUAAAUGCAGACCAGAAGCAGCUGAUUUUGUGUGAAACGCUGAUCGAGACCGUCUACGGGGAGAAGGGUCAGGUUCUCAAGUCCAAGGAGCGUAAAGUCUUUCUCCUCAACGAUAUGCUCGUCUGCGCAAACAUCAAUUUAAAAUACAUUUCAAGUGGCAUUGAUUGCGUCAUUGAUGAGCCAAGGGGCCCUCCGGAUAUCAGCAGCCUGGUCCCUGUUGGUCCAAAGUACACGGUGAAGUGGAGCGCACCUCUGCAGCAGGUUCAAGUGGUGGAGGUGGGCCAGGAGAACCCCCAGAACAACGACAGCAUUUAUCAGCCCAGUGGGAACAGACGUCUGAGCUCUGCCAACACACAAGGCAAGCUGUUCCUGGGGCCGCCGAGGUUGUAUCAGGAGCUGCAGGAGCUUCAGCAUGACCUUUCAGUGGUGGAGGAGGUCACGCUGCUCGUGGGCACUCUGCAAGGAGCUUAUCAGAAUCUUAACACCACGGUGGGGCAGGACUGGUGCCUGGCCCUGCAGAGGCUCAUCCGCAUCAAAGAAGACGAGAUCCAGUGUGCCAACAAGUGCUGUCUGAGACUCAGGGUGCCUGGCAAGCCUGACAAGUCUGGCCGUCCAGUGAGUUUCACAGUGGUUUUCAACACUCCCAGCCCAAUCAGUAAAAUCUCAUGGGUCAAUCGUUUGCAUCUGGCUAAGAUCUCUCAGAGGGAGGAGAACUUGCCCGGCUGGGUUUGUGCAGAGGAUGAUGAGAAGAAUAAGCCUCCGUUCUGGUGCCCGUUACUGGCCUGUCGUGUGCCUGUGUUCUCUCCCAAAGCACAAGAUCAGAAGCUACAGAUGGCCCUUCACAACCCAGUCCAUUGUGCUCUGCUUGGGUUUUCUGCUGCCAGUACUUCUUUGCCUCAAGGCUAUCUGUGGGUGGCCAGUGGUGGAGAUGACACCCAUGGGCAGGUGGAGAUUUUCUCUCUGAACAGAUCCACUCCACGCUCAGUCAAGAGCUUCCCUCUGGGCUCUCCAGUGCUGAGCCUCGAGUACGUGACGGAACCCAGCGCCGCGGAGGAGGAGGAGGGACAGGCCGUUGAGGGACCUGCCAGGAUUGGAAACACCAUCUGUGUGGGGUUACAAGAUGGCAGCAUUCUAGUGUACGGCAGUGUGGACACUGCUGCCCAGUGCCUCCUGACCUUCCGUAAUCCUGAGGGUUGUCCUGUCCUGUGCCUAAAACACUCUGAAGACUGUCUCUUUGCUGGACUGACUAAUGGAAAAGUCGUGGUUUAUAGCAGAAAGGCUGGAGAGACAUUGUGGGAUCUGGACUCCAGCAGACUGGUGGUGGUGGGAUAUGCGCCUGUGCUCAAACUCCUUAAGAUAGAUCAGUGCGUGUGGGCUAGCUGCGCAAAUCAAGUCGCUGUCAUCGAGGGUGAAAAUCUCAGCACGCAGAGCUUUGAAGCUCACCCGGACCCGAUGGUGAACGUGACACAUAUGGUGCGUGCAGGGGGAGGGGUGUGGAUGGGGUUCUCGGAGGGUUCCUCACUACGCCUCUUCCACACUGAGACUCUGGAGCUCCUGCAAGAGAUAAACAUCUCAACACGCUCAGCCUACCUGAGCCCAGGUCAAAAGACUGUGUGUGUCACCAGCCUUCUUAUCUGCCAGGGUCUGCUGUGGGUGGGCACUGCUCAGGGCAUCAUUGUCACUCUGCCAGUACCCAAACUGGAGGGCAUCCCUAAAAUAACAGGUAAAGGUAUGACCUCGCUGAACGCUCACAACGGCCCAGUGGAGUUUCUGGUGGCCACCUGCAGCACUUUGUCCCCAGACUUGCUGAAGAGGGACUCUCUGGUGGAUGGGAUGGACUCUGGCAGUGAAGGAGAGGACAGGGACAGGAGCCAUUCGUCCCAGGAGUCGCUGAAAGAGCAACUUCAGCAGCAGCAGCAACAGGAGGACGGUUCUCCGCAGAGGGAGCACAAACCCAAAGGGGUUUUACUGCAGUACCGCCUGCGCUCCACCUCCCAGCUCCCCGGCAAACUCCUGACCGCCCAGCCUGAGGAAGCCUCCAACUCCUCGCAGGAGUCUCUGGAGCACACGCUGGAGGACGGCUCCAUCUACGAGCUGAGCGACGACCCCGAGGUUUGGGUCAGGGGCCCGGGGCCGUCCGCCAAGGAGGGAACGCGCAGGGAGAGGGUGAUGUCAGCCGCUGUUAUAUCAGGAGGACGAGGCUUCCGCAGACUCACCGUGGCUGGCUCCGCCUCCUCCUCUUCAUCUGGCGCCAAUGACAAUGCGCUUAUGGUCUGGCAGCUCCCGCUCACAGUCUGACUGAAGCGAUGACAAGUGACAGACUAGAAAGACUAGAAGAUAGAUGCUGACUUGGUCUUUGUGAGACAGGAGAUUGAAGAAACACUGAAGGACAGAGAGAAUAAAUGCUUUUGUUUGUACAUUCCAAACCACUUGCAGACACUUCCGACAGGAUAUCAGCAGCACACCACUCCUCUACUGCAUCGCUUAUAAGCAGUGGAAUGGAAUCUCUCUUGCUACGUUUCUAAAUGUCAAAAAUGAUUGAAUCUGAUUACAUCCCCAUGUUGCAUGGAGAGGUUCUUCUAGAUGGAACAUACUCAAAAAGGCCAAGACCCAUCAAACCUCUUGCAUUAUGGAAAAAGGGUAUUUUAGUGGCACAUCACUGCGGAUGUACAGUAUAUACGUAUACAGUAGAAGUCCAAAGAAAGACAGAGGAGUAAAAAAAAAAAAAAAAAAAAAAAA